AUGAAUAGGAGGCAGCAAAAGGCUUUCAGAUUGGUGAUAUGGAUUCUGGGACUCUUUCUCAUCGCUUACAUUGCAGGACGACCAUUGUAUUGGCAUCUUAAUGAGUCUCUCAAUGCCUCCUCUUCUUGUCCCCCUUGUCACUGUGAUUGCUCUCUUCAACCCCUUAUUGCUCUUCCGGAAGGAUUGACCAACAAUUCCAUUUUAGAUUGCAUGAGGCAUGACAAAGAGGUGACUGAAGAGGUGGGGAAGAGUUUUACAGACCUUUUAGCAGAAGAAGUAAGGGCAAAGGAAGCUGAAGCUGAGGAAAAGCAAAGAAAGGCAGACAUAAAACUUCUAGAGGCUAAGAAAUUAGCAUCACAGUUUCAAAAGGAGGCUGACAAGUGCAAUUCAGGGAUGGAGACUUGUGAGCAGGCAAGGGAAAGAGCCGAAGCAGCACUUGAAAAUCAGUUGAAAGAAACCGCUUUGUGGGAGCUCAGGGCUCGCCAAAGAGGAUGGAACAAAGAUGCUUCAAAGAAAGCUCGGGGACAAGACAUGAUUUCCAAGAAAGAUAAUGACAAUUCUGGUGGAUGA